AUGUCGACAAACAAAUUCCUAAUAUUAAUAACAAUAUUUCUACAAUUUGAUUCAAUAACCUCAAUAGAUUAUAAAUGUGAUUUUCCGGGAGAUGUUCAUGAUAUUUGGCAAAAUUGUCAAUGUAUAUCAGUUCCAAAUGUGAUAAAUAUAAAUUCAAAUGCAUUUUCUUCCCAAGAAUCCCCUAUUCAUAUAAUGUGUCAUCAUACUUCAUCAGCAACAGUUCCACAAUUACCAAAUGCCGAAACAUCAAAAGGACAAAUACCACCACAUAUUGUUGCAUUAUCAAUGACUGAUGGAUCAAUGGCAUUUAUUCAACAAGAUGCUUUUAAACAUCACGAUGUUCAAACUUUGGAUUUUUCUAAUAAUCAAAUUCAAACAGUAAAUGUGAAUGCUUUUCGUGGCUUAGAGAUGAAAUUAACACAACUGAAUUUGGCGCAUAAUAAUUUGUCAGUUAUUCCAACAUGGGCUCUGACUUAUUUGCACGGAUUACAAAUAUUACAUUUGGAGAACAAUCGAAUUGAUGUAUUACGAUCAAAUACAUUCGACGAAACACAGUUGAACAAUUUGCAGUUUUUGUAUUUGGAUAAUAAUCAAGUUUGUUAUAUGUUUUCUUUCAAAAAUAUUAUUGUUUUUGCAGCUGAAAAUCAUUCCAACACUGGCUUUUAAUCACCUGCGAUUAGUUGUUUUGAUGUUAUCAAAUAAUCGUAUUACAGAAAUACAGAAAAUGUCACUUCCUCAUACUUUGCAUUUCCUAAUACUUCGAAACAAUUUAUUGUCACAAAUACCGUAUUUGGCAAUGAGUGACUUGAAAAAUCUUCAAUCAAUUGAUUUGGAAGGAAAUAAUAUAACAAAUUUGAUCGAUAACAAUGAAGUCACAUUUGAAUCGGAGAUCAAAUUGGUUUUGAGGAAUAAUAAAAUACGAAGACUCGAUAAAACAUCAUUUCGAAGUUUUCGGAAAAUCAAAGAAUUGGAUAUUAGUUAUAAUCAAAUUCAAAUUGUAGAUGAUUCUUGUUUUGAAACAAUUGGAAAUAUGAAUUCUCUUGAUUUGAGUUAUAAUCGAAUCGCGUUUUUGCCACGAGGAAUGUUGAAAAACUUUGCGAAAACAUUGAGAAAGCUAAAUCUGGCUGAAAACACAAUUCAUCAAACACCAGAAGCACUUCGAGAUUUGAGAAAUUUAACACAUCUCAAUUUGGCUGGCAAUAAAUUAACAAGAAUCGAUAAUGAUUUGCUAAAAGGAUGUAGAGAUACAAUGGUCGAAUUAUUAUUAUCAAAUAAUCAUCUCGAUCAUAUUCCUAAUAGUGUUUUAAAUGGAAUGAAUUCAUUGGAACAUUUGGAUAUUUCAAAGAAUAAAAUAAAAUCUUUGAAAAAACAAUCGCAUACUUCGUCUGAAAGACACGAAUCAUCAACAGUUCGCCGUUUAAAUUUGGCUGGAAAUCGAAUAACUAACAUGAGCGAUGUUCACAUUUUCGAGCAAAUGACAUCAUUAAUAUAUAUAGAUGUUUCCUUCAAUCGAAUCAAAUUUGUUUCUCCAAGAGUUUUUGAAAAAAUCAAAAAUCUCGAAAGUUUAUUUCUUCAAAACAAUCAACUUAAAAAUUUCCCAUCGUUAUUUCGAAUGGAAAAAUUACGUCAUUUGAUGUUGGAUAACAAUCAAAUUCAAAAAAUCGACAAUUUUUCGCUUUCCGAUCUUCCAAAAAUUGCAACAUCUUUCUCUCGCUGGCAACCAAAUAACAACAAUUACAGAAAAUGUGAGUUGAGCACUAAAUAUUCGAUAAAACUUGUGUUUUUUCAGAUGUUUGGAUCAUCCGAGUUGAAGUCUUUGAAUUUGGCUCAUAAUAAGAUUAGUACAAUAACUAGUCGAUCAUUUUCGGAUCUCGAUAAUUUACAACAAUUAAAACUGAGUCAUAAUGAGAUACGGAUAAUCCCAUCUAUGGUAAGAAUAUAAUUAAAGGGGUGGUCUCAAUUGAAAAUGAAUUUUUUCAGGCUUUCUCAAAUCUACGUAAUUUACGAUAUCUUGAUUUGUCUCAUAAUCGAAUUAUCAAAAUUCUGCCAAGUGCACUUUUCCAACUUCCCGCAUUGGAUAUUCUUCAUUUCGAUCACAACAAUUUACAUGAAAUUGAUAGAGAUGCGUUCCGAUCAUUUAAUGAUCUUCAAUCAUUGAAAUUAUCACAUAAUACUUUCCGCAAAUUUACAUGUGAUUAUCUUGGAAGUAUUACACAAGUAUGGCAAUUGGAUUUGAGUCAUAACCAAAUAAAUGAGUAGGUUAUUGAAACAAUUCACACAAAAACUAUUCUGUUUUUAGUCUCGACAUUUCGUGUAUUUCUCGUGGAUUACGAAAAUUGAGCAUAUCUUCAAACAAUAUCGAGAAAAUUAAUCGUAAAUUAUUCCAAGAUGCAACAGAACUUAUUUCUCUUGAUGUUUCACACAAUGGCCUUCUCGAUAUUGACAAUGAUGCAUUUUCCGAAUGUCGGAAAUUGUCAAUCGUAAAAAUGUCGCACAAUUAUAUCAAAAACUUAUGGAAGGGGACAUUCCAGUUUCAAGUUGGUUUUUGAAGAAAAAAAUUAUUGAAUAACUAGAUAUUUUUAGGAAAUGCUAACAACACUAGAUAUUUCUCACAAUGAUAUUCAAUUUUUACAUCAAGGAACAUUUGGAAAGAAUAAUUUGUUAGAAUUAUUUGCAAAUAAUAACAAAAUAUCUCGAAUUCCAAUUGAAGCAUUAGCAACAACCAGUACAUCGCUUCAUUUGCUCGAUCUUUCACAAAAUACAAUCAAGUAACAUUAUCAAUUGAAAAAAAGAAGAUUUUUGAUUUGAACUUUCUUACAGAUUAGUGGAUUCAACUCAAUUAACAUCUCUCAAUAAUUUAUCAAUUUUAUCUUUCGCAGACAACAAAAUCGAUUCAAUCGAAGAUGGAGCAUUUGAAAAAUUAUUCAGUCUAAAAAUUCUUGAUCUUUCUAAUAAUCCAGUUACUUCAUGGAGUCCAACAGCAUUUCGAGAUUUGAGUCAUUCAAUAUCCACAAUAAAUAUGGCAAAUACAGGACUCUUUAGUAUUCCAAAAUUCAGUCACAGAUCAAUUCAAUCACUAAAUAUUAGCUGGUAAGUAAAGGCAUUUCAAAGUCUCGACAAAACAUAUUUUUGCAGCAACAAAAUUUAUGAAAUAUCUGAUCGUGACUUUGCUCCACUAUCAAAACUUGUUGCAUUGGACAUUUCACAUAAUAAUUUAAAACAAAUUCAACCAUCUGCAUUUGAGCAACUUAUUCAUCUAAAACAUCUCAAUAUUUCAUAUAAUCCAAUCUCUCAUUUAAAUAAUGAUCAUAUUAAAAAUCUACAUCAUUUGGAAACAUUGCACAUUUCAAAUAUGCCAUUUUUAACAAGACUUCCCGAUGCUCAUAUUUUCAAUAUUCUGAAUAAUUUGAAAAAUUUCUAUGUAAGUGAUAAGUGAAAACAGAUCAUUUUCAAAUGCUCAAGCAUUUUUUCAGCUCUAUAAUAUACCUUCUGGAGUAAAACCGUAUGAUAUUUCAUCGAUUCUUGGAAAUCUUCCACCUUUACAUAUUGCUCAUAUUGCUAUAAAACAAUCAAUAUUUGAUAGACAAAUACAAAAUGCUGAUACUCGAUUACUUCGACAUUUGACAAUUGUUGGUAAAAAUAUGACAAAGGUAAGCUAUCCUGGCUAAUCUAGGAAACAUUAUAUAUUUGUAGAUCGAUAAUAAUGCAUUUUCAACACUGAGAGGAUUUCGUGUUCGAAUUGAAAUUCAUAACACAUCAAUAACUGAGUUUCCCGAAAAGAUAUUCGAAACAUUAACUGGUAUUUCACUUUUAUCAUUAAGUUUGACUGGAAAUCAGUUACAAACAUUUCAACCAUUUUCGAAAACAAUUGCACCAGCCGUAAAUCAACAUGGGACUAUAUUACACUAUAUUGAAUUGCAGGUAAGUAUUAUGAGUUCAGAUUAAAUUAGAAAAAUAAAAUGAAUUUUAGGAUAAUCCUAUAAUUUGUGAUUGUCGUUUCAAAUGGAUCGAUGAUUAUAUUCAAUCAACUUCAAAAUUAUCAGCAGAUAAUUCAAAAUCACAUGAUUUUGAUAAAGUUGAUUGCAAACCACUUCAAACUACAUCAAAUUUCGAGAAUAUCGCAACAGCUUUCUCAUAUAUUUCAACACCUACACUUCUAUCAAAAAAUGAUGACUUCGAAGUUGAUUGUUUAAAAAUAUCUUCAAGAACAAAUUUUCUGACCGUGUUUUUAAUUGUUGGAUUUUUUCGGUUUUUAUAA